CGCACCACGAAGUGAAAGCAUACGCAAUCAACAACACACGCAGCGUCACCAGAAUCAAACUAUUGUCAACAACCUUGUAGUCAGAAAGCUAUGGGACAUCCAGAAGAAUAUUAUCAUCGCUCGGCAGCCGAACGGAAACACUAAACCUGCCUGAAAACCCUGCCUGGGCCGACGCUGUGGCGACAACGGAAGAAGUGAGAAGUGAAACCUCAACACUUUCUUGGAAGUGGCUCCAAAUAGUUGUCAGGCUGUACGCACUUGCUUCCUGUUGUCAGUGAGGCUGUCGAAAAAAACAAGCGACGAGGUAACGAUGUGAGAAAUAUCGUCAGAAGGACACUCAAAGCAAAGGUGGCAGCGUGGGACAAGAGGUGAACAACAAUCUGGGGCAGCCGUGUGUCAGUGUGUUGUUUUCUACAUGAGUCUGUCGGCAGGAUGUCGCUGAGUUCAGGCGGGUGGACCUCUGGUUUCACACCGGACCAGUCCGCCGCCGCCGCCGCCGCCCUGCCCAAUCACUAUGGGGCCUCGCAGCCACAACUCGGCUGCCAGACCGUCCUCAUGUCGGUUCGGGUGUCGGUUUGCCAUUCUGGCAUUCGGCCGCUGUGUCUUCCGGGAGCAGGUGAUGAGUCACUCCGCCUGCAGCUCAGCAUGGACCCGGGGAAAUCCGGGGAAUUCCGGCUGUCGCUGCAGGACAGCAGCGGGACUGGCCGGAGUGUGACCAUCGCUGAGUUUGAUUUGGGGACAGUGAACUAUGAGGUGAAGUCACCAAAGUGCCACGAGCUGAGCUUAGUGGCGCCACCACAUGACCGCAUCAGCUUUAACUUCCGCUGCGAGACGGAGGCCCAGGAGUGGGCUACGGUGGUGAUGUCUUCAUUAAGAGAAGCACAGAGAGCAGUGGCCCCGCAGGAAAACAGCCAACAGCGCCCCCUGGAUGAACUCAACCAACAGAACACAAUGGUCUUGCAACGAACAGAGGAAACCUGCAUAGAGCUGACCCGCGCCAUAGAAGCAGGUGACAUGCAGUCUGCUUCUGUCUUUGCUGCCACGCUCGCCCGACAACACGCCACACUCAAGAUUCAGCUCUCUACCAGAGACUAUGAAGACACUGAAAUCACCUUAGCUGUUGUCGUUGAGGAUUUUUCGUCGUCCUGUUGCGUCACUGUGAAAGUUUUCCCACAUAUGACUACUGCAGCCCUGAAACAGCAAAUGUUUCUUGAGUAUGGCUUUCACCCACGAGUGCAGCGCUGGGUGAUCGGCCAGUGUCUAUGCCACGACCAGCGUUCUCUGGCCUCAUACGGGGUUCAUCAGAAUGGCGACACAGCCUUCUUGUACCUCCUGUCAGCCCGUCAUUCUCGCUUGACCCUCCAAGUCCUCCAGCAGGACCAGGAGAGUGCCCUCCUUCUCAGUCCUCCAUCUCUGUCACUCACCACUCCCCCCCUCCCUGCUACCUCCACAAAUGGCCCCUCAUCUCUGGACAGGAGGCCUUACACCACCCUACCUCCUAGACUCCAUACCAGCACCAAUACUGGUGGGUCAGAGAGAGGAAACGUCAGUGAGAUCAGAGAUCUCAUCAACCUUGAGAUGCCUCAGCUCAAUGAAGCAAUGAGCCCCAGCACAGCUUCCACACAGGGUUGGUCGUGCCCUUCUUGCACCUACAUAAACAAACCCACACGGCCGGGCUGUGAGAUCUGCAGCACAAACCGGCCAGAGAACUAUGUCAUCCCAGGAGGAUACCGACCUGACGCACUGGAACUCCGACGAAUCCAGCAGGAGAAGGAGGCUAUCAGACAGUAUCAGCAGGCGAGGGAGGCGGAGCGCCGGGAGAAUUUCGCCCAUCUGGUGAUGAUGGACAGCCAGGACCUUCUGCCUAACCCUGAGCCUGUGGACUGUAGGAUCUGCUACAUGGACCUGCAGCCUGGGGAGGGGGUCCUGCUGAGGGAGUGCCUCCACUGCUUCUGCAGAGAGUGCUUGCGUUCGGUCAUUAUGCUGAGCGAGGAGCCGGAGGUGUCCUGUCCCUACAGAGAUGACACGUAUUCCUGCGACCGCUCCCUGCAGGAGAGGGAGAUUAGAGCCUUGGUGCCAGCAGAAGAGUAUGAGCGCUGGCUGCAAAGAGGCCUGUCAGUGGCCGAGUCUCGAUGUGAGGGCAGCUACCACUGUGCCACACCAGACUGUCUGGGCUGGUGCGUGUACGAGGACACGGUCAAUGUCUUCCACUGCCCCGUCUGCAGGAAACACAACUGCCUGAUUUGCAAGUCUAUCCACGAGGGAAUGAACUGUAAGCAGUACCAGGAUGAUCUGGCAGCCCGCGCUAUCAAUGACUCUGCUGCCAGGAGGACGACGCAACUCCUCAAGACUCUCGUGCAGUCAGGAGAAGCAAUGCACUGCCCCCAGUGUGGCAUCAUAGUGCAGAAGAGGGAUGGGUGUGAUUGGCUGCGCUGCACCGUCUGUCACACUGAGAUCUGCUGGGUGACCAGAGGACCCCGCUGGGGGCCCAGGGGACCUGGUGACACCAGUGGAGGAUGUCGCUGCAACGUCAAUAAUCAGAAAUGCCACCCUAAAUGCCAAAACUGCCACUGAGAAGCUCAAGAGUGGUCGGAUUGUAGAAGGGAACGAAAGACUCAGCUUGAAAUAAACUAUUUUCUCAAAUAGGGAAAAGAGGGGGAACUGUAUUUAAGCCAAAACUGACUGCACAGGAUUGUAACGUGUGAUGCAUCCUUCUUGUCACUGACAUUCUCAAUUUUCUCUCAGCAAUCAGAAUAACAGAAACUAUAUGUUGACAUUUAGCUCUGCCUCAGGCUGUGUGAGUUUUAACAAAACAGUGUUCAUUAUGGGAUAAAUGAUUCACGUCUGACUGUUACGAUGAGAGGAGUGGUUAAAUGUAUGCAGGGAGAGAGUGUUAACUCUUAUUGCAUUCGGUGCUUUUAUUUUUUAAUAAGUGCGCUGCAGAAUGGAGUAAUACAGGCGUGUUGUGUUUGUGUUUCCCAAUCCCAGGAUGCAUUGCAUUAAACUGAAGUGGCCUUAUUCUCGUGCACAAAAGCUGUACCGGGUGUUGAUGGAGAUGUUUUCCGGGGAACGAGACAAAAUCAUUGUGUCCUUGAUAUGCAAUUUUUCUGCAUAGAGAUAGAACAAACUAGUGCAUAGCCAUGGAAGAUUAUAUAUUUUUUGUGUGUCGGUGUGAAAGUUGGACUGCAUGCGCACCGUGACGCCAAAGAGGUUUGAAAUGUGUGUGGUUGGUGAGUGGAAGCAGGCUGUUCACAUGAGUUAUUCUCUCACGUGCUUCUGUAUCUGACAGCAGUGGGUACAGAGGUCACUGUGGUGCUGCUGACCAGCUGAGUGAUGCGUGAUGACACUGUCGAUAAAAAGCACAGUGUACUGAUUGAUAGUGAUAGGUCAGUCACGAUACUUGAACGGGUUCUGUAAGCGAAGGCACAUGUAAACACAUAAGCUCAUAUUUCUGUGAAGGAGCUCAGAUACGACAGGGUGCAUGAGGUGAUAUCAGCCAGCAUACUUAAUACUAUUUCCCGGUUAUGUGAAGAGUUCGUAUCCACGGUAACCUUUGGAGUAUUUUAUAAUUCAUCAUUGCAUGAAUUUGUUUAUUCUAAACACAUUAAUGUGAUUUAAUAAUGCAUCAUGCAUGACCUUGCCAAGGAUAAGCGACUAGCCUCACCAACUGCACUCUCUGUUACCCAGAAUGAUAAUAAAAAUUAAUAAAAAUAAAGUCGACUACACUACUGCCCGUCACUGACAAGCCACGAACAAGUCCUCACUGUUCAUUGUGUUCAAACAUCAGCUCUGUGUUGCUGGUGUACUGUUGUGCCUUAACUUUCAAAUAAAUACUCUUUAAACACGUUC